AUGGAGGUUGGCUUAGCAGUUGGUGGUUAUUACAUUGAGGAGUUGCCAGAUGACUUGUUUAUCAAAUUAAAGCUCCUCAGAUUUUUGGACCUUUCUCAGACAUGUAUUGAAAAGUUGCCAGAUUCCGUUUGUGCAUUGUAUAAAUUGGAGACACUUCUCUUGUCAUUUUGUACUUCUCUUGAAGAGUUACCGUUGCAGAUGGAAAAGUUGAUUAGCUUGCGUCAUCUUGACAUAAGCAACACUUGGGUCUUGAACAUGCCGCUACAUCUGAGCAAGUUGAAAAGCCUCCAAGUGCUAGUGGGAGCCAAGUUUCUUGUAGGUGGUUUGAGAAUGGAAGAUUUGGGUGAAGUAGAGAACUUGUAUGGAUCUCUAUCAGUUUUAGAGUUGCAAAACGUGGUUGAAAGAUGUGAAGCUGUGAAGGCAAAGAUAAGGGAGAAGAAUCAUGUUGAGCAGUUAUCAUUGGAGUGGAGUGAAAUUAGUAGUGCCGACAAUUCACAAACUGAAAGAGACAUUCUUGAUGAGCUACGCCCACAUGAAAACAUAAAAGAAGUCGAAAUCACCGGAUAUAGAGGAACAACAUUUCCAAAUUGGCUAGCUCAUCAUUCGUUUCUUAAGCUAGUAGAAUUGUCUCUUAGCAACUGCAAGGACUGUGAUUCCUUGCCAGCACUAGGAGAACUUCCUUGUUUGAAAUUUGACAAGGGGGAAUACUGGCCAAAUAUUGCUCAAAUUCCCAUCAUAAAUAUCCAUGGGAAACACCUGUAA